AUGGAUACGGCCGGGAGCGGUGCAGUUCCGGUAGUGGCGAGACGGCGCCGCCGGGCAGCCAGACAGCAGCGUGAAUCAACGCCGGAUCCGACGCGCGAUGGCAGUGUUGGAAGUCAGUCGAACUCUUGUGACGAUCAGAGCGGUUCCGAAUCGGCCCGCGGCCGUAGCACGGUCGAGAGCAGUCCGUCCUCUUCGAAGAAAAGUUUGAUCGAGCGGGCGAUCGAGUACGGUAGCUCGCAUCGGAACAAAAUACUGGCCCGCAAGGAGAAGAAACUGUCCAGCGCUGUGGCACCGCGGAGCCGAUCGGUGCCGCGCGAUGAGGGCGAUGUACCGAGCAGUCCGGAAAUAUUCUCACUAUUAAGGCGAGCCAAGCGAAGUCUAUCGGCGGCACGUAAACCAAAAACGGAUGAUUCCAGCGAUGGCGGUCGCAUCUCCGACACAGAGGUUCGCAAGCGACGCGAACGUAUUGAACGCUUCCAGAGCGAACGAUCACGCGAAAAUGCCGAUGGAACACCAGCCGCACCGUUACAAGCGAAUCUGCAACGAUUCAACGAAGAGCGGCGUAAAUUUGAACUGGAAAAGUUGAAAUUCUUGCAGGAAAAGCGUGAACUCGAUCGAAUGCGACUGAGGCGCUUCGAGAAGUAUCGUGAAGAAUUGCUUGAGGAGCAGAGCCGCAAGCUAAAGGUCAAACUGCAGGAGGAGCGUGCUAAAAGCAUCGAAGCCACUCCGUUGCCACCGUUGGCACCGUCCGUAGCACACCGCAGCCGUACCCCAACACGACCGUCCGAUAGCCUGUCACCGGUCGUUGGCAAAAAGAAGAUACUGAUCCUACCGAAGGCCCGCUCGUCGAGCCGGUCUGCAUCGACCAGCGAAGAUGAGGGACGUCUGUCGUCCGACGAGGGAAAGAAGCAAACGAUCCGUCGUCGGUUUUCACCUCGCAAGCCGAAACGAUCGCGAUCGUCAAAGCUUGAACCGGGCGCUAGACGUGCACCGCCCCGCACGGAUGGGAUAACAUCGCCCGAAUCGGAGUUACCUUCAGAUUUUCAACCGGAAGAGCCAGAGAUCCAGAAUCGGCGCGAUUCUCCGGAGCCCGAAAUGGUGCUCACACACAGACGAGCUGGCGGACAGGAGGAAGAAAAAAAGCAGGUGGAGAUUGAACCAUCAAAAGCAACUCCAGUGGAAGACUCCAAAACUGAAGAUGUCUCAGAAGUAAAGAGUGAAGAAAAGCAAGCGAUUGAAGUUGACGAGGAUGUGACACUUGAGGAAAAUGGUCUAAAGGUACGCCAACGACGUAGGCCUCUUGUGCUGUACGCAGAGCAACCCGGUGAAGUCUUCACCUGGAGACAGCUCGCCCAAGAGUGGUAUGAAAUGUGGCAAGACUUCCUGGACGAUCAGCCGGAAGAGAUCGUCCGGAUGCGCAUACAGGUGAACCACUGUUUGUUUUACUUCGCCGUAAUGGUUGUACUGUGCGGUGUCGGAGGUAUUGCGUUCCGGUUGACCGAGGGCACGUUCGAGUCACAGUACAAGUGUGGAGUUAAGCGCGUCAAACGAGAAUUCAUCGAUCAGCUUUGGCUUUCUAGUCACAAUCAAAGGGAAGAGGACUGGAAGUUAACGGCACGGAAUCGUUUGCGCAAGUUUGAGGAAGAGUUACAGAUUGCUUUCGAAGCGGGAAUGAAGACGUACAGCGGUAAUACGGCGUGGAACUUUGUAAAUGGCGUGAUCUACUCGCUUACGGUGGUGUCAACGAUCGGCUAUGGACACAUUUCACCAUCAACGACAACGGGUCGAGCGCUUACAAUUUUAUACGCAAUCAUCGGUAUACCCAUCUUCCUGAUUGUAUUGGCCGACUUUGGCAAGCUAUUCACGAGGGGUAUCAAGUUCAUGUGGGCCUAUGUGCGACGUCUAUACUAUACUGGUUCCUUCCGAAAGGUCCGGAAGACGGCACAGGUGCAGGAAGUGAUGAAAGGGCUGAACGUUGUGUACGAUAUGGUUCGGCGACCCAGUACAGACAAUGAACUGCAAGGUGCAACGACCACAACUGCUGUUCCAGUACAGCCGCCACAGCCUCCACAACCUCCACAGCCACAACCUUCGCAAAGACCACCAUCGGAAGCGCAACCAGUCGGUGGCACCGGCAUCGAGACCAUCCCCAUCCCGGACACGCCGACCACUCCCGUACCGGAAACCUUUGAGAUAGACGACGAGUUCAAUCUUCCAAUAUCGGUCGCGAUCGUCAUUUUGGUUGCGUACAUGCUGUUCGGUGCCAACAUCUACUGCCGGUGGGAAAACUGGAGCUUCUUCGAGGCGUUCUACUUUGUGUUUAUCUCGAUCUCGACGAUCGGGUUCGGUGACUACGUACCGCAGCAUCCGAUCUACAUGAUGUGCAGCAUACUGUACCUCAUCUUCGGGCUCGCCCUCACGUCUAUGUGCAUCAACGUGGUGCAGCUGAAGUUGAGUGAUAGCUUCCGCCAGGCAAGUGCCAAGAUUGGUGCCACCAUCGGGCUUCAGAUGGCGGAAGCGGCAUCACAGCAUCAGCACUCACCCGUACACACACCGAUCGAGCUGGCCGCAGUACAUACCUCCACCCCAACCAGUGCCGUAAACGUCAGCCUGAAGGAUACUCCGACCUUACCGGCACGACCGUCCACAUCCGUACCAAAGCCGGAAAAGAAAGAGUAA